UUCAUCAGUAGUAUGGAAGUCGGAAACCAAACAGUCAUUUCAGGAUUCCUUCUCCUGGGACUGACAGAUGACCUACAACUUCAGACUCUCAUUUUUGGCCUGUUCCUGGCCAUGUACUUGGUCACCGUCCUAGGAAACACAUUCAUCAUCCUGGCCGUCAGCUCUGACUCACACCUCCACACUCCCAUGUACUUCUUCCUCUCCAACCUGUCCUUCGUGGACAUGUGUACCAGCACAACCACGAUCCCAAAGAUGCUGGUGAACAUUCAAGCUCAGGAUCAGAGCAUCACUUACACAGAAUGCCUCAGUCAGGUCUAUUUUGUCAUGGUCUUUACUGUCUUGGAAAAUUUUCUUCUUGCAAUAAUGGCUUAUGACCGCGUUGUGGCCAUCUGUCACCCACUGAGGUACACAGUCAUCAUGAACCCUUGCCUCUGUGUUCUUCUGGUUCUGGGCUCUGUGUUUAUCAGUAAUGCAGCUGCCCUGGUCCAUACUGUGAUGUUAUUAUGGCUGUCUUUCUGUGAAGACCUAGAAAUCCCCAAUUUCUUCUGUGAACUUGCUCCCCUUAUCAAGCUCGCCUGUUCUGAUACCCUCAUUAAUAAUAUCCUGGUAUAUUUUGUGGUUAGUCUAUUUGCUGGUGUUCCUGUGUUUGGGAUUAUUUUCUCCUACGUUUGUAUUGUGUCAUCUAUUUUGAGGAUACCAUCAUCAGAAGGAAGGUAUAAAGCCUUUUCCACCUGUGGGUCACACCUAUCUGUUGUGUCCUUGUUCUAUGGGACAGGGUUUGGGGUGUACAUCAGUGCUGCCAUUACUGACUCAACCAGGAAUACCGCAGUGGCUUCAGUGAUGUACUCAGUUGUCACUCAGAUGCUGAAUCCCUUUAUCUACAGCCUGAGGAAUAGGGACAUGAAGGAAGCUGUGAGAAAACUCCUUAGUAGGGCAGCUUCUCUUUUAUGA